UGCUGAAACCAUAGGAAUGCGACACACUCUGUAUUUACAGCUCAGAGCUGCAACACUUUGACUUCUCUCUGGAGAACUUUGGAUAACUUCCCCGUUACCUGUCCUCGUGCCACGGUACCUGUCCUCGUGCCACGGUACCUGUCCUCGUGUCCCGGUGUCCGCCUCGUGCCUUUAUGGGGACGUAACGACGCGUCCGACGGAUCGUCUUUAUUGAUCUUAUCGCGGAAACAACUUUUGUUGCUGCUGCAGGGAGUCUCUCUCUCUCUCUCUCUCUCUCUCUCUCUCUCUCUCUCUCUCUCUCUCUCUCUCUCUCUCUCUCUCAGCUGUGUGUCCGACAUGAGAUCAGGUGGAUAGUGUGUGUAGCUGCUGCUGGUCUGAGGAGAACCUGUGGCUGACAGUCUGAUGCUUGGCUGCAGCUGCCUCAGCCGCCAUCAUGUUCACCAAAAAGAAAAACAAGUCUCGCAUCCAGAUCUCAGCGCCGUCAAACUUCGAGCAUCGCGUCCACACAGACUUUGACGAGCAGGAGCAGAAGUUCGUCGGAUUGCCGCGACAAUGGCAGUCGCUCAUCGAAGACACGGCCAAGAGGCCCAAGCCUUUCAUCGACGUGACUGUCAUCACUACUGUGGAGCCACGAAAGACAAUUGUUCGUGGCAACAAGCUCGGGGUGGACGGCUCCCUGACCUGGCUGUUGGAUGAGUUUGACACCAUGUCUGUCACUCGCUCCAACUCCCUGAGACGAGGCAGCCCCCCCACACACCCCCGUAAGGACUCAUCAGGAGGAGGAGGAGGGCAGGAGAACGGAGACCCUCACCACAGACACUACCCACAUCCCGACAGACAAGAGAGGGACCGACCCAGACCAGAACACCAGGGUGGAGGUGAUCCUCGUCAGGGUCAGCGAGCGCUCCGUCCCCCAGGGCGGGAUGAAGGAGGUCAGGGUCGGCCACAGCAGCAGCCUCGAGGCCAAGAGCCCAGUCGGGUCCACAGGGACAGACCAGGCUCAGGUCCUCCUCCUCCCCCUCACAGAGACAGAACGCCACGGGACAGGGACCAGGAGCAGGCUUCCCACAGAGACCAGCCCAGUGACCCCAGGCCAAAGUCCAGCUACGUGGUGCGGGACGGCAGCCCUCAGUCCCCCCGAGACAAGAGGCCUCUCUCUGGGCCCAACAUCCGCACACCGACCAUGCCGGUGACGGAUGGGGUGAUAAAGAACACACAACAGAACACACGGCCGUUCAAUACGUACCCGAGGACGGACAGCGAGGGCGGACGCAGCCCCACAGGACAGCCGGUCCGUCACCAUGAAUCUUCCCCUCAGAACGGUCCCACCGGUGGCUCCGCCCGCAGUUCCUCCGGCUCCAAACCCCCUAUAAGCCACCCACACCCUCUCCAUACAUCACACCCCAGCCUGACUCCUGAAGCCACCCAGCACCCACACACCCCUCACCCUAGCGUCCCCGCCCCGCGUCCCCCUGUGCCCUCUGGACCCCCAGCGUCAGGCGCUCCCCCUCAGGGCCGCUCGCCGCAGAGAGAGCCUCAGAGGGUUUCACACGAGCAGUUCAGAGCCGCACUACAGAUGGUGGUGGACCCAGGCGAUCCACGGACCUACUUGGAUCACUACAUUAAGAUAGGGGAGGGGUCCACUGGGAUCGUGUGCAUCGCUACAGUGAAGACCACCGGGAAGCUGGUGGCUGUGAAGAAGAUGGAUCUGAGGAAACAACAGCGCAGAGAGCUGCUCUUCAACGAGGUGGUGAUCAUGCGGGACUAUCACCAUGAGAACGUGGUGGAGAUGUACAACAGCUACCUGGUGGGAGACGAGCUCUGGGUGGUCAUGGAGUUUCUGGAGGGAGGAGCGCUCACUGACAUCGUUACACACACCAGAAUGAACGAGGAGCAGAUCGCCACCGUGUGUUUGUCCGUGCUGAAGGCUUUGUCCGUCCUCCACACACAGGGUGUGAUCCACAGAGACAUCAAGAGCGACUCCAUCCUCCUCACUCAUGAUGGCCGAGUGAAGCUGUCAGACUUUGGAUUUUGCGCUCAGGUGUCUAAAGAAGUGCAAAGAAGGAAGUCUCUGGUUGGGACGCCGUACUGGAUGGCACCAGAGCUCAUAUCAAGACUGCCUUAUGGACCAGAGGUCGAUAUCUGGUCUCUGGGGAUCAUGGUCAUAGAGAUGGUGGACGGGGAGCCGCCGUACUUCAACGAGCCGCCGCUCAAAGCCAUGAAAAUGAUCCGGGACAACCUGCCUCCCAAACUGAAGAACCUGCACAAGGUCUCUCCUCUCCUAAAAGGCUUCCUGGACCGGAUGUUGGUGCGUGAUCCGGCUCAGAGGGGCUCAGCCAGCGAGCUCCUGAAACACCCGUUCCUGACCAAAGCGGGUCCGCCGUCCUGCAUUGUCCCUCUCAUGAGACAGAACAGGAUGAGAUGAGACACGUGACACUACGACCUCCGGACUCUGGAAAAAAGGCAGCGUGUGUGCGGGGUCAAGGUGGAACAGAAUACUCCUGCACACGGAGGAGACGACCACCACCACAGGGGGUCAGAGGUCACGGCGAGAGGUCAAGACUGUACAGAAAGCUGCAGAGUGAAGCGGGUGUGCAAGAGUAUUCUCUCUUUCCUCUGUGAAUCACCGAACUGUGGGGAGCUACUCCCUGAAUAAGAGGCAAUAAGGCGGUGCGUGUGUGUGUGAGUGUGUACGUGUGUGUGUGUGUGUGUCAUGGCUCGUACAUGUGAGGAGAGAAGCAGAGAAUCCACCGCCCGUCGAUUGAUUUUAUUUCAUUUAAGCGUUCAGUUGGAAUCGUGCGUCCUGACCUGGACGAGUAACGACUGCAGCUUUUUAUUCUCUGUUUGGACCUGAGCUGGAUUUGAAGAGUGACGGUGGGUUUUGCACGCCAAUCAGACGUUUUGAAGGAGACACAAGUCUGUUUUUUAUUUUUAAAUCUCACUGUUUGACGGUCCGGAAAGCCAAUUCUUCUCACUACAAAGACUCGGAUCCUCAUCACACCCAGAACUUACUACUGAGGGAGGAAUCCAUACGACUCGCCACAGAGUCAGACUUUUAUUUUGUAGCCGUGUCAACACUAGCUUCCUGUUGUAAACAAGCAAACACACUAAGUCAGGAGAUACACUGGAGAUGUGUUUUUUUUUAACAGAUGAAUUUACUCUUUUUUGUUUUUCCCUCUGUGUGUAAGUACAAUGAACAUAGAGAGAUAUAUCAGCUGUGAUGUUUUUACUUUCUCUACUCUGUGAUUGUUUUAUUAUGACGAUGAUUUGUUUCAUUUUAGAGAAGAUGUGAUUGAUGUUUUGAAGCACUGUCGAUAUGAGAUAGAAGCUGCACUCCCGCUUGAUUCCAGAUGAUAGACACUAGACUUUUUUUAAUCUGUGUAUUUUAUUAUUUUAGACCACGCCAUACCAAGCAGGAUUUAAUUUACUGGAACAUCAGAGAGGAAACAGGACGGCGAAUCACCCCUCUGCAAAAAAGUUUAACAUUUAAAGUUGCUGCGUUUUCUCAGUUUACAGCUUUACGCUUCUUUUGAGGUGGGAAACGGUCGAACAUUCAUGAGUUAGUCUGGAUUACAUCACCUGUCUCACACCGCAGCUCAUCGUGUUCCUUGUCUGAUGAAUGGAUUAAUGUUUGAUCGCGGCCCCUGAAACCCGCUCGCUGUGAGAGAGAGCUCUAUUUAUUAACCACGGAGGAAAACAUGCAGAAAGUAGUGAAACUGAUCAUCUUUGUUUGGAUGCUUAUCUCUCACUCUGCUCAUAACACGAAUAGAUAUGAGAUCUGUCUGCAAACAUGCGGUCUGUGAAAGUGGAGCACGCUCAUCUAAAACUCCCCUUCGUCCACCGGGGAAGAUGCAUGAGGACUUAAUCGCGCUCCUGCAUCCUGUGAGACGGACUUGCCUUGUGAGACUUUCUUCACAUCAGUCCCCUAGCAGUCGCCUCAAACAAUCCCCUUCAGACGCCGGUCACGCCACAUUUCAGCAGCCGGGCAGAUGUAAUCUGCUGAGUCUGCUCGUCAUCCUCUGAUAUCUGCUUCACCAGCAGUAGUUUCACACUGUAUGUGGUGACUGAGCAGUCAUGUACACACAGGAGGUGAAACUGAAGAUAAGGAAGCAGUUACAUCUCUCUCUCUCUCUCUCUCUCUCUCUCUCUCUCUCUCUCUCUCUCUCUCUCUCUCUCUCUCUCUCUCUCUCUCUCUCUCUCUCUCUCUCUCUCUCUCUCUCUCUCUCUCUCUCUCUCUCUCUGCACAGACUGUAAACAUUCCCCUCCCUUUGCCAGAGCUGCUGUUUUUAUUCCUUCUCUGUCUUCCAGUGUCGCUGCUGCAGAGAGCGUCCUCUGGUCUGAUGACGCCUCCAUCAGGGAGACAGUUUUAGAUUGUAACUACAGGAUGCUAACACCACUGAUGAGAAGAGGCGAUGUCCUCCUGUUCCUGCAUCCCCAACUUAAAGCUCCGGUGAGGAACUUGCAGGUUAUGUUGAGUUUGGCGACUCCUGUGGACAAAGUGAGACGUUUGAUUCCUUUACUGAUCUGAAUCUUUGACUUAGACAGAUAUAAAAAGGCCGACAUCUACCUGCAGCCUGCAGAGGUGACAGGCUUAAAGAAUAACUCUAAAGAUAUGACUCUAAAGAUCUUGUUUGCUCUUGUAGGUCGUAGAAGAGCUUCUCAGUUUGUUUCUUCACCUCCUAGAAACUCCUUUAACACAGAUUCUUAACAAAAGCCGGUCAGCAGGUCUCCUCUAGCUAGUCUAGCACAUAUCUGUUACAUGCAUAAAGCAGUAUUUAUAAAUCCUGCUUCAUCAGAGAGUGUGAGGCCUGAAGAGUAGCAGCACAGAGUAGGAGGAAGACUUGUUUUUAAGAAGGAGGUUGGUUUCUCUCCAAGCUGACUGAGUCUGUGUUCUAACAUGAAUCCUGCAGAUCUCAGGAGCUGUGGUGUGAGGAGAGAGAUGCAGCAUCACUCUCUUUAUGUGUUUUAAUAUGUCGCUGCACACGCUGGAGAAUGUAAGACGUGAACUUCUGCAGAAAAGCACAGCAGGGUGUUUCGGUGGUUUGUGAGACGAUGCUCGGUCCAUUAGGCUGCAUGCUAAACCACCGAGACCACACUGGGCUGCAGAUACAGCUGAGAGAGAGCACAGAGCUGAGCUUCCAUCGUGCUAACACUCGUCAGAGCAUGUUGGCUGAACAUUAGUUAAUUUUAAACUUUGUCCCUCCUGUUUUUAUUUCUCCUUCACAGAGAGAAAUGUCUGCGAGGCGUUUUGUACUUUGCCUCCCGGGCAGCUUCAGCGGUGUCAGUGGGUCGAUAAUGACUCACAGGUUAUGAAACAGUCGACGAGUUUACUGUUUAUAUUCAGAGAGAGACACACGGCGACUGAGCUGAAUGAAACCACAGACUGAAGACAAUCAGGAGUCUGUGAGAUUAAACAAAGGAGAGUUUGAAUUCUCCUCUUUUCUGUUUGGAGAGUUUUUAUCUCCAGAAUCUGAAAUCUGAACUUUGAGGUCACUUUGAAACUCGGCCAGGCUGCACAUGUUGCUUUAACUGAAGACAGGAUUAACAGCAAACAGACUUCAUACUGUAAGAGGACCGGCCUCCUGUAUCUGACUGUUUUCCUGUCAGUCAGAGUUUGAGGGCCCCAGAGAGGAACUAAAUAUAAUCUGAGACUUUUAGAGUAACUCAUCAUAGCAUCCAGAAAGAAAUGAUUUAAUGACAUCAUUUUGAUGUCCUCUUUUAUGAUGAGGUUUGUGAGUUUACACAGAACUCAAAGCUUCUCAUGAACGUUCACGCUGCUCCACACAGAGCGAGAACACGCCUGAACCUGGAGCCAGAUUCUGCUCUGAACAAAGCAUGACAACUAAUCAGUCAAUCAACCUCCAACUCUCUCCUCUCUUCAUGACUUGAUUCAUGAAUCUUCACAACGUUACUCUGAAAUCUUCCAUGAUUUUAUUUUCCUCUCUCUCUUUACUUUGUUCUCUUUUUGUCUCUCAUCAAACUACUGUCAGUUCAGCUGCACACAAACACAUUUAGUCGAUGCUCCUGUUACUCUUCCUCCCACAUCUCAUCGUUUUAUUUCUUUAAUGUCAAUGUGAAAACCACAAAUCUGUUGAUCCUACUGUUGGACUGAUGUUGCUUUUCAGUAGACUGUAGCUACAAUUUAUGGACCAGCUCUACUGCUGUGAGUGUGUGUGUGUCUGAGAGUGUGUGUGCAUGUGUGUGUGCAGACUCAGUUCAUGCCUUAACAUUUACAAUCACUACUUGACAGAUUGUGAUUCUGAGUUGAAACUACGACUGUUGGAGAUGUUGAAAGGAGACCACGUGACGCUUCCUCUCCUCAUCGCACAUAUCUGAAAAGUCUUGAAGUCACUUUGACGUCAUUUUUUAUGCCGAGCGGUGUUUGCGUCUUCUGGCUGAAGUGCUCAUUAACAUUCCUGACAGUUUCCAAAUGGAGGGGAGAGCGCUGCUUCAGAUGGAGGAUGUUGCAGAGUUUUUUUUUCCUAAGAUGUGAGUGUCUGAGAGUCUGAAGGGGGUUCUUCAAGAAGCAGGACUCCUGGGGACUCAGAUCUUUCAGCCUCUUUGUGCGUCACAGAUCUGAGCUUUCAAAGGUUUUUCGUUCUUUCUUCAUCGUUCACGGGCAGCGAGCAGCUGCAGAGCUGUGCAGAGUUUUAGUGCCUUGCAUCACAGUAUCCUGAGGAACGUCCCGGCUGAGUCCUGCUUCUUGAGACCCCCCCCCCCCCUGCUGGACCCCCCUUCUGGUGUUGAAUGAACAUGUGCUGAUCAGCAGCUCGCUUUAUAAAUAUGUGACUAAAAAGCCCCUCUGGACUCGUCUGCUCCUCCUCCUCCUCCUCCUCUCUUCUUCUGUUAAAGCUGAUUCUGUUGACGUGUUUUGUCAAACAUCAGACUCUGACAGUCGUUCCUGCUCCAUCCUGUUUUUGUAAAUUUCACUGGUAUUGUAAAAACAUAGAGUUCACUUUGCAAAUACAGAUUUUGUAAAAGUCA